AUGAAGUUGUACUCGAUAUUGAUAUAUUUCAAAGCCAAUGACGGAACAGUGCGGUCUUUAAAAUCGGCUUUCGAUCUUUCUUCAUUCAGCUUUUUUCAAAGAGGAUCCGUUCAGGAGUUCAUGCAGUUCACUGGCAAGCUGCUUGUAGAACGAUCAGGACUUGGAGCUCGUAGUACUGUGAAAGAAAAUGAGUAUUUUUGCCAUUGCUAUGUGCGUUCAGAUGGCUUGGCAGCAGUGUCAGUAACUGACGGAGAGUACCAGGCUCGUGUGGCUAUGAGCAUGAUGACAAGGGUUUUGGACGAUUUUUCUGCGAAGGUUCAUGCGAUUCAAUGGGCGCAGAUCACGAAUGAAAAGGAUUGCUUAUAUACGGGUCUGCCGGAGUUGCUAGCAAAAUGGCAGAAUCCACGAGAAGCUGAUCCCAUGACCCGGGUCCAGGAAGAAGUAGAAGAGACAAAAAUCGUCAUGCACAACACUAUACAAUCAGUGCUUGAGCGAGGAGAAAAGCUGGACGAUCUCGUCAAGAAAAGUGAAAAUCUCUCUGACCAAUCGAAGUUGUUCUACACUCAAGCGCGGAAGAUGAAUAAGUGUUGCAACUAUUAUUAG